GACCACACAGGCGGACUGGGGAACUUCAUCUACAUGCAGCUGGGUGACAGUGACACUCCGAGUAAAACUGGUGAACAUGACGGUGAUGAAGAGGAGAAGGUGGCGAGUCUGGCCAGCCUGCCCAUCACAGCCACAGACUCUGACCUGUGCAUGUCCUUCUGGUACCACAUGUUCGGGGAGCAUGCGGGCGCGCUGCACAUCAGGCAGAGGAGGGAGGAGGAGGCGGGGGGGCUGAUCCUGUGGACGCUCAGCGGGCACCAGGGCAGCCGCUGGAGGGAGGGGAGGGUCCGGCUGCCUCACUCCAGCCUCUCCUACCAGGUGGUGGUGGAAGGAGUUGCAGAGAGACGCAGUGCCGGUCACAUCGCUGUGGACAACAUCCAGAUCAUAGAUGGACUCAGUAUGGAGGACUGCAAGGAUCCAGAAACUCCUACAUCUCCACCAAAUGAAAUCUUCAUCCUACCGAUGGACUCCCUCUCCCAGGAAAACAGUGAGCUGGGGGGUCCGGGCAACAUGCUGAAGACCCUGGACCCGAUCCUCAUCACCAUCAUCGCCAUGUCAGCGCUGGGCGUGUUCCUGGGCGCCAUCUGUGGCGUGGUGCUGUACUGCGCCUGCUCGCAGGGCAGCAUGACGGACAGGAACUUAUCCGCACUGGAGAACUAUAACUUUGAGCUGGUGGACGGCGUGAAGCUAAAGAAGGACAAGAUGAACGGACAGAAUAACUACUCAGAGGCGUGAGGCGGAGGGAGCUGCGGAUAUCACUCCGCACGGACAUUGCAGCCAAUCAUGUGGGAGUAAAAACACGGGGUCCGAGGCCUCUGAAGGGACGGCAGGGUGGGCUGAAAGUGAGCCAAUGUAAUUUUGUUUUCUCAGGAGCGGCAGUGAGAAGGACUGACCUGCAGGGGGCACUGUGUAUAAAGAAUCUGUACAGUAACAAAAAAAAAAGAAGAAGAAAGGAUUCUAUUUGUUUUUCGGUGUUGAUUUCAUGUAAUCACAUGCUGGUGUUGAGACCAAUUCAGAAGAAAGUAUCGUUUGUGAACUUUAUGGAAAGAUUUGUUUUUGUUUGUUUUGUUCAGAUGUUGUAGUUUCACAGAAAGAGAGGAGAAUGUGGAAUUUGCUAUUCGGAUAUAUGGCUCUUUAGCUCGUCAUAUGUCCCUGUGAGUUUGUGUGAAAGAGUGUGUGCGUCCAUCCAUAUACUGUAUAUGCAUUUAAGGUGUGUAUCAUUCAGUCUAGCUGUAUGCAUGUAUGUGUGCAUCACACUCAUGUAACACACAUUGACAGCAACACGUGUCAAAUCCAUAUACUGCAUUGAAGGUGUGUAUCAUUCAGAGUAGGCGUGUAUGUGUGCAUCACACUCAUCUGCAUACAUGAAUGGCAAGCAUUUGUAUUUGUGUGUGUGAGUUUGUGUGUGUGUGAAGGCGGUUGACCUGUGUCUAGUUCCAACAGUGCCUUUUUGUUUCUCCAAUUUUUCUGUUGCCUUGUUUUUUUGCUGGUUUUUUUCUUGCUUCAUCCGUCCGGGGGUUCCUACACAAAAACGUGAGAAAAGUCCAGACAUUUUUAUAGAUUGUUAUUAAACCAAACUAUUGUUUAUGUUUCAGUAUUGUACUGUCAAAUAUCAAAUGUCGGUGUAGAUUUGAAGCUCUUCUUGCCUUGAUGACACUCGUGGUGACACGGAUACAAAUGGUAAAAUCCAGAAAACUUUAGGAAAAGUUUUGAAAUUCAGAAUGUGAAAGGUGUAGGAGCCCUGAAAGCCUCAUGUUCAUGGCACAUGAAACAUCCAACAUAUUGUACAUAUGUUUUAAUAUAUUUGAGCGUCCUUUUCUAUAGAAAAAGACACCAGUGCGGCAGUAUCCUUUCUCUGUUGGAAUAACAUAAAUCCUCUAAAAUGUACAGAGAAAAUAUUCAUUUGUGCUGGAUCUGGUUGCCAUUCUGUGAUAUUUGUUGAUGUUGUUUAGUUUCUGUUUGUGCUCUGAAAACAGGGAGGAUUUGAUAUCGAUGGAAACGGCUUUGAGAUUAUGGAGAGAUGCCUCAUGGGAAGGGAUGUUUUUUGUACAGGGUAACACGGACAACCUCACCAAAACAAUGACAGCUAGUCAAGAUGGAUUUUAAUAUUUUCCCGGCUAACGGUUCUCGCUGGCACACAAAAUGACUUCUGAACCUUUAAAGAGACGUGUGUCCAGCCAUCAGAAAGACCUCCAACAGCAUCUUUUAUUAAACUUUGAGGAUGUGGAGGACUUAAAUGAUGACUGUCCUGAAUGAAAGACGAAGACACACAGUUUGCCAUCACAAUGCUGUACUCUCUGUCGGUAUUUUUCCUGUGUCGACGAUCAGAGGAGAAAUCUUUAAAGGAUCUAAAUGGCGUUUAGCAACUCCAACAAGUGGCUAACUGCAACCUAUCAUUCUGUCCAAUUCGCUUGUGUUAAAGUGGCCAUAACACACACAAUGACAAAACAAACAAUUUACUAGCUAUUAUCAGAGCAGAGACCCAACAGAUAUGCUUUGCAAAACAAUAAGGCUCAUUCAUUUCAUUCGUUGCUUUUGAAAUAAUCGGACAUUUGAUUUGUAGUUUGCAGUGUAACACAAUUCUGCAGCAGCUUGAUUUGCUGUUCAAACAUCUCAGUAAAAAUUGUUUAAAAACUGAAAUUAAUUAGCCUUUUGAGACAGUGCUAGUAUAAAUGUUAUGUUUUAGCUUCUUUAGCUAACGUGUUGUGAUAAGUCAAUAACCUUGUCAACCUCGAACAGAUGUUCACAGAUGUGAUAAUUAAUAGGAGAAUUCUUACUAUAUGCUGACGAUACUUUACUAUAUAUUAAAAAGCCAUUUAGCAGGUUUUACAUGUUUCGUGUCCCCUGUUGCACUGUGGAAGUUCAAUCUGCCCUUUUUUAAUGUAGCAUCACAUGAACUAAAAUUGUGGUAAAAAAAAUUCAAUUAUUUCUUUUAGAGACGUUUUGUUGUAAAGGAAAUCCACCUUCUCAAUCAGGUUCAAUUAAAUGAUUGUCCGGUUGCAGUAAAGAACAUUUCCGAUCAUUUGAAGGUGCUCUGACUGUCGAGAUGUUCCUUUUUGCUCAUGAGAACCACACUGGUUUAAAAAAUAUCUACUACAUAUGUUUACAUUAGAAGACACAGAUUAUCAAAAUUAUAAUAAUUUCCGUCUGAACGAAUGUGUUUUUUCCCCUUCAAACAAGAAAGGAUGCUGCAGCACUGAAAAACAAAAUGUUGCACUGAUAUAUUUAAAAAUAAAAAAAAGAAUCUGUGUUUAUGAUGUUGAUUUAUGAAGAGAGAGGUAGAAGGAAGGAGAGGACAGUGUUAUUGUUGCUUCUUUUAACACGGUUUCAGAUGAAAAUGUUAUAAUUCUGAAAAAUGUACAGAGAUGUUUUUCAUUCUCGAAAAAGCUUACUAUAUGCGUCUCUUUGAAACGUAACCAUUUUAUUUACUUGGUAUGAUAUCACCUUGUUUUUGUACCGUCACUGAUGUACGUGCCAUUGUUUUAUUAUUUUUCUUUCUUUGAAUGACAAGACUUUUUUUUUUAAAUACUGCUUCUGUAAUUUUUUUGCCGUCUCAGAUCCGGGAAAAUUGAAAGAAAGGAAAUAUGGAAGUAAAAAAAGAACAAUGGAAAAGCAGUGAGGCCUUACGUGACUAAAAGUAUUGUUUGUACUUUGACUUUCUGCUCAGACUCAUCCGUCUCUGUCGUCUCUGAUCAUCGACUAUUACAUUCCAAAGAAUUGGAUCAAAUAAAUGUUUUAAAUAAAAAAGUUCUCUGCUGUUUCUGUCGCACCUCAGAGAGGGUCAAUGGUUUUAAACGACACAAUUACAAGCGUCUCCU